AUGGCUUAAAACAAGUCAUUAUAGGUGGGACCGAAGAUGACUGAAAUAUCCUCAUCUUUAAACGAAGUUACCAAGGGAAGCAGACCCGUCCCCGGAGUGCGCGUCAACCUGAUCCUUCUUCUUGCAACAACAGUACUUAUCCUGGGAACUGGAGCUCAGCUAACACCUCCCUGUGACAUUCGUGAAACGGACACCCCAUUCUCCCUCAAGUGGGAUUUGCCCGACAUCGCAGGAUCGCGCGUCACGUUUGAAGUGCAAGCUGGCGAAGACGCCCGCAUACUUUUGACUGCUGCCGACGACCUGUACAGAUAUAACAACGGCUCUUAUGCAGUGCGCAUUGGUACGGCGGGAAAUACAAAGUCACGAAUACUACGAAAUGAGAAUGGCAAAUAUGAUACAAAGGUUGAGACUUCUACUAACGGGAUACUUUCCCCAUUCGAGGCCCGAGGCUUCUGGAUCUCGUGGUCGCCAGACGGCACGGUUGCUGUCGGGCGGUACAAUGACUCCGUCCCGUUCAUGACGUGGGUGGACCCCGAGCCUCUCCCGGUCCUGUACUUCGGGUACACCACUGGCUGGGUGGGAACUGCACGCUGGAAGUUCUGUCAACCAGCCGGACUUGGAGCGUGCGCUACUCGAAUAACGAACGACAAAACCUACCGCUGGGACUUACCCCCCGUCACGGAACCACGAGUCUUCUUCGAGGUGCAAGUCAUAAAAAAUGCUGUCCUGGCGCUUUCCGAGGAAAACAGCUAUAUCGACAAUCUGUACAUAAUUAACAUUGGCAAAGAUGGCAAUUCCAAUUCAGUGAUUAGAAAAAGGACCAAUGGUAACUUUAGGACUGUGGCGUCGGUGACAACCCAUGGUAUUCUUUCGGAACAUGAGCUCAGAGGUUUCUGGAUCACGUGGUCGGGCGGUACCAUUGCUGUGGGAAGGGGUGGGGAGAUCAGUCCAUUCAUGUCGUGGGUGGACCCCGAACCGCUGCCUAUUCUACACGUGGGGUACAGCGUGGGAUACAACAUGGAUAAGAUCGCGCGGUGGCGGUUCUGUCCACCAGCCGGGAUAGGAGUACUCCUGGCAAAGGCAGACGCUGGCACAAAUGUCACAAGUACGGACGUCUGGACAGACGAGUGCACCUCCUGCUCUGGGGACGAGAAUACUCAGACGACAUUUGAACUACUCUCCGCCCCAGACAACUUUAGAAGCAGCCUGUUUGACAGUUGGGAAGAUGAAGGCUUUGACAAGGUGCAAAUCGUCUUCUAUGAGGGAGUGGAGGCAGUGGCCGAGAUGCAGUUUAACCCUCAGUGCACAAACAGCACCUCCUGGUUCCAUCGGGACGCCAUGACUGAAUCAACGUGGGGAAACUACCUCUGGGGGAUGGCAACGAAUCUGGCAGAUAUGAAUACUAACCUUGCACUGGUGGGUACUAGUUCUGCCCCAUCGUGCCUCACGGAGUUCGCGGGUUGGACUCUGGGUAUAGGCGGGGUGGAGGGGCACAGGAUGUGCCCAUGGAUGGACACUGUUGGUCUCCAACCACAGUUUCUAUACGCCAGGACAACCAGUCAGGCUGCCCACUUUAGCGAAGCAUCAGAACUUGUACACCUUGGUUGCUAUGUUGACUACAACGAAAGGAUUUUAAAGUAUGAGAGGCACAUUUCAAGCCAACAGACCGUCGUCCAUUGUGGUUACUGGUGUAGGAAAAACGGCUACAGUCUUGCAGGAGUUGAAGGCGGCGAGGAGUGUUACUGUGGCACAUCCACCCACUUCGUGGACCUUAACUCUGAGACGCCCUCUGGCGGCUGUACAAUGCCAUGCAGUGGGAAUUCUGAAGAGACGUGUGGAGGUGGAUGGGCAAUAGAUAUUUACCAAGUGUCAGCUCCACUCACGUACGAGUCAGUACCGGACUACAAGUGGGACCUGUCUCCCGCCGGGGGUCGGGGAAGGCUCCGCUUCCAGGUGAAGGCCACACAGGAGGCGCACGUGGCUCUGUCUGCGGAAAAUUGGGAGACAGAGGACAUGUAUCACGUCAUCCUUGGUACCUGGAACAACUACGAAUCAGAGCUGAAAUCACAAACUAAAUCCAAAUCGACGACAACUAGUUUCAUCCUCUCCAACCAGGAAUUUCGCGAGUUUUGGAUCAGUUGGGAGGGCGAUACCAUUGAAGUUGGAAUGGGGUCCGAUACACAGCCAUUCCUAACAUUGAACGAAGCGGACGGUCCGGAAAUACGUCAUUUCGGAUACAGGACCAUAACCGGAAGUGGCGAAUGGCGGUUUGAUCUCCCUGCAGUACAAGGGGCCACUGUCGGUAUUGCAGAUAGGGUCGCCAUCUUUGGACGAAAGUCGCCAAUGCCGCUGCCGCCCUGUAAUUUGGUUGUCACCAACACUGCGCACAACGCCACCUUGCGGUGGGAGUUGAUGUACAGCAAACAGCAGCAGACGGGACUGGAGCUGUAUAUCUACCCGGGCAAUUAUGUUUUCCUCCUGGAUGCAAACGCAACGCAGUUCACCGUGGACGGACUGAGCUCAACCACCACUUACACUGCGCAUGUCCUUGGUGCAAAGGGGAUCUUCAAGGGUGACUACGUUGAAAACGUCUUUAGAACAGAUCCGAACCCACCAACUAACGCAGAGAUUGUUGAGGUAUCAGAGACAAGCAUGGUCCUCACAUCUUCUCCUCCUGAAGAAAGUUCGGUCACGUCUUAUAUCGUCAUGUACAAGGAACGUCUUCAGAACCUUACGGGAGCAUGCAAGGUUACAGAACUGCAGACAGACUGUAGGGGUCUCACACCAGGGAGAGUGUACGAGAUAUCCAUGCAGACUGUAGACGACUCCUGGACUGAACGUCGCGUGUCGAGCCCUGUCCUGUUUACGUUCUCUACACGACCGCUGACUCCCACUGAAGUACAUAUUGGAACUGUGGAGAGUACAGGUGUAACAUUAGACGUCACGAUAAACGACGCAAUGGUGACAGAACUACACGUCACCUUCAUCGAACAUGUCGGCAGCCGACCUGAGAGCGUGGAUACUGGAGACUGUUAUGCUGACUCCAGGCAGUUCAACACCGAAACCUUCACCGUUACUUGCCCUGCUGGAUGCUCUACAAUUGUCAAAUCUAUCUGGGGUACCGGCGUCUAUACUGAAAAUUCGGGUAUCUGCCGUGCUGCUAUCCAUGACGGUAAGAUCACGGACGCAGGUGGACAGGUGACUGUCUACAAACAUCCCGGGCAAGACUCGUACCUGGGAACCCAGCAGAACGGCAUCCAGUCCGACUAUUGGGAGAGCUUUGGCGGGUCCUUCUCUUUCACACAAGAGUGGCAGUCCUGGAUCGCAGUGAAUGAGUCCAUGCUCCUCCACGCCUCGGGGGGAUCCAUGGAGAGCGCAAGGCAGGCUCUCGACAACAACGCCGCCACCUACUGGUCACCGGAAGAUCUGCAGGAGGGGGUCGCGUUUAUCGUCAUCGACCUGCAGAGGUUGUGGAACGUUUCUCAGGUCAUGGUUCGCAGCGUGGGAAAUGGAAACAAUGAUGUCACCAGUCUGACAGUCCAGGUCUCGGACAUAGGGCAUCCUUUCCAUUGGGUUGACAUGCUAGAAUCCAACCAGGGUCAGUUGUACAACUCGGGGCCACAGAUGUUUGGAGGGUUCUCCGGAGUUGGGAGGUACUGGAAGAUUGGACUUCAAACCCUGUUAGGAUUACCUCCCUACCUGACGGAACUGGGAUUCUAUGGAAAUGAAGCCCCUGGAGGGAUAUGCCAAGGAUCCGGAAAUUGCGUGGUAUUUCCGGUGACGAAUACUUUGACACAAGUGACAUUAACAGGAUACAAGCCUGCUACAGAGUACGUGGUCGGGGUUGUGUCGGCAACUGAUCAAGCUUACAGCCUCCCCAAGUUUGUUACGUUUAUGACAGCUCCUGAGCCAGUGAAAAAUGUGAACUCUAGCUUUGUCGGACACCUUGGCUCCGUGUCUUGGGAUCCUCCGUCAAAUAAUCUCGCGUCUUACUACAAACUGACAUAUGGGCUCGCCGCGUCAUACAACUGGGAACAACAUGUUCUCAUCACUCAACUAAGAUAUGUGACUUUUGCUGAUUUCUACCGAGGGAAAAUGUACAUCGUUGACAUUUUUACGAUGUACAAUGGACAAGAGAGCGCACCUCAGAGAGCAAUGCUAUCAAUCGUGCUGGACGCUCCUUCGGUGCCUGUGGUGACGUCAGUCACGACCAUGACGAUGAACGUGACGUGGCGUUACCAUGGAGACGGGGGGACCGAGGCCUUCAAGCUGUACCUGGCACCAGCUCCCGAUGGUUUCAAUCUUACAGCAAAUGUAUCGGAGCAAACGUGGACAAGUGUUCUCCAGACGACGUCCAUGGCAGGCAGGUUUGAAGGUCUACAUCCGGGACUUCUCUACGUCAUCGGUGUGAAGGCUAUCACAGAUGAGGUUGAAAGUGCAAUCAGCAUGGAGGUACAUGCCGCAGCUCCACUUCCUCCUGAAAAUGUGACCGUUGUGGCUGGGGAUUUCACUAUGGCACUGACCUGGUCACCUCCAAUUGACAGUGUAUUCUCCAACUAUCUUCUAACAUACAGACCCAAGGCGCUCAGAGUUGGAAAUCGAACAAGAUCCGAGGUUCUUCUAGAGAGUUGGGAAACUGGUAAAGUUGUCGACGGCCUGGAAUCAGAUGUCAACUACCUUGUGGAGCUGUCAACUGUUAGUUAUGGAGUCACCAGUGAACCAAUCCUUCUCAAUAUCACAACAACUUACACCUUGAGACCACCGGCUAACGUAGCAGUUAUCGCGACAACCACCGACUCCAUUACCGUAUCUUGGGAAGAAGCAUAUUCCUCCAUCGCCAUUGUCCAGAAUGAGAUUCUGUAUACCACCAUGGGUGAUCUCAAUUCAACUUGGCCGAGUUUCUCCGAUUGGGAUGUCGUGACGUCUCAGCAAACGACGGUCCAGUCUUGUGGUUCCACUGUGGAGGUGAUGGGGGUACCUGGUUCCAGGGAAACAGCAGUGGUGGGUUCCUCUGAGGCAUCCGCAGGGGCCCUGGCGAAGGUCGUCUGUCAGGCUGCACGGGCUUCCUCGGAGGUUCCUGCCGGGGUCCCAAUGGCUGGUGUCGGUCGGAUUGUGUGCGAACUUUGUAUCUUUAUACAGGCAUUGGUGAAGACCAUUGACAACGUAUACGACAACGAUUACUACCGAUUGUGGGGAGGAAUCACUGAGAACGGUGGCACGAUGCACGUUACUCGCGUUCUAGUGUUGAUGGAGAAAUUAGCAGAAGUAGUGACGGACUAUAUUAGUUACAAGGACAUCCAACAAAUCAACCUACGGAGGAACAACAUAGGAAUCAAUGUUCUACUGGUGCCUACCAGUGAUAUGAUGGAAUGGAACUUCACAAGUGCAGUUGGAAGAAAGAGAUCAGGGAGAGCUAAUCUAACGCUAUCGGGAUCGGUACUCAUAGACAAGAAUGAGACUUUCGCUAUUCCGGACAAAUCUGCGAUCACGUUUCUCAAUUUUGACAGCCUUCAUGCUCUGCUGACCACAAGUGGAUAUCUUGCCGAGAGGAGGCAAGUCAUCAAUUCAAGAAUCGUAGGUGUAUCCGUGGACAUGCCUCCAAUGGAACCUUUAUCUGUCCCUCUGGCCAUCAGAUUUGAACAUUUUCAGGCAGGGAGGAAUCCAACGUGUGUUUUCCUCGAUACAGUGAACGAACAUGGAUUGUACAACCCCAGUGGGUGUAAUCUCUUUGAACACACCGACGACUACACGGUCUGUCACUGCUCUCAUCUCCAGACGGCAUACGCUCUUCUGAUGGAUGUUACGGAAGAGGUUCAAGUAGAAAAAGUCUUGGUGUCACCUUUGACUGGGGAUAUCGUAGCCACGACCCUUGUGACAGGCACACUCGGAUGGUACAUUUUACUGCGGAGAUACAUGUCCUCUCAUGGCCACGUGGUUAAGAACUUACUGUUGUGUCUGGUCGUCGCUGAAGUGUCGUCUUUGGUUAAUGUCAUUGAUGAGGCCAGCAUCAAGGCGUUCCUAACGGACAUUAAGGAAUUAUGCCUCGGUAUAACCGUGUUGUCCCACCUGAGUGUGCUGAGCACGUUCUAUUGGCUGGUUCCGUUGUGCCUACAACAUUACCUGGACGUGCUGUCACCCCGUGCCGAGUCACCCUGGUGGAGGUACCGCGUACUGGGCUGGGGUCUACCCGCGGUUGUCACAGGCGUGACCGCGGGGAUACAGUACCCGGCCUACCUAGGUUUAAACGGAAAAUGUGUUCUGCCAGUUGACGACAGUCUGAUUCAUGCAAUGACAGCGCCGGCUUGCUUCGCUGUCCUGGUUGCCACAACUGUCACCAUCUUAACAGUCCGCAUGGAUCACGUGAUCUCUAAGAACAUGAAAAGUGCCGUCACCAAGAAACCAAGGAUGGACAAAAUUGGUGGCGAGAUAUGGCGGACCUGUGUUCUCGCCAUUCUCCUGUGCAUCGUGUGGCCAACGGGAUAUGUUGCCAUGGCAACGCGGAGCACGGCCUUUGAGAACGUCUUUGGCAUCUCAAACGUAAUCCUGGGUAUAUACAUCGCAAUGUUCCUCGGACUGUGGUCUCAGGAGGUGAGAAUUGCCUAUGGUCGAAAGUACAAGAAGAUUGACUAUUUGGUGGAGGCCACACCGCGUCCAGUACCAAAAUACAUCCCGUAGAGAACCUUGAUUUAAGGCCUGACAUCUAUGUCUUUUGUCAAUGCUUUACAGUGUAUUUGCACAAAUUAUAUUACGAUCAAUUAUCAUGGCUUCAUAUUAAAUUUGCUCAACUGUAUUUGUUAUGUGUAAAGGUGUUGUUUCUGUUCAUUCCAUGUUAAUUAUCUGAAAUACUCUUGAUACUUUGCAAUUUGUAAGUUAUCAUAAAUAUUUUCUGUGUCCGAAAAACUGUGCUGUAUGUAAGUAUCUGCAUUUAUAUCCAUGCCCAACAUUUCAAGAUUAGUUUGGUCACUUUAGUUGGCGAAAACA